GUUUGUUUUUUAAAGAAGCUAGUUUUCAGCAUUUUCCUGUUGUGGGGCGUUGUUUUUACUUUCUGCAAUAUGUGACUGUUAAGACUGGUGCUGAUGGCCUUCUGGGUUUCUCAAAAAUCCUUGUUACAGUGCUAACAACCGUCAGUGGGCUUUUGUUCCUCUCUGUGCACCCCUGCCUCUCCCUGCCCCCACCCAGCUCCACCAGCACCGGGGAAGUGAGAAAAACCACAAAACCCAGGGGCAGCACAGCGGGAGCAGCUAGGGGAAAGCCAUGGCAGGGCUGGCUUUUGCAGGGAUGCAGGGCCUCCCUGAGGUGCUGCCGUGUCCCACCACACGAUAACCCCCACCCCCCAUCCUUGGGGCCCUUCUGUCCCUCAGGGCUAUGGGGGAGGCUGGGGUAACCCCAUUUCGGCAGCUUGGCCACCGGGUACCAGGACGCUGCCUCCAUCCUGGGCGCUCACAUUCAGCGGAGCCAAAUCCCCCGGGAGCAGCGGGGGGAGGACGCUCCCAUUAUCCGGCUCCUGCCGUGUCGGAGGCAGCUGGACCAGCCGUGCAUUAAUAGAUUACCCAGGGGAUUUGGGCUCGCCAGCAGCGAGCGGAGGCAGCGCGGGCAAGGCCAGGGAGGCUCGCCGAGCCGGCGGGGACGGAGGCAGCCCCCGCUCACCACUAGCACCUUUUCCAGCUGAGCCCUGCAGAGCCCCCAGCUCCUGCCAUGGACGAGUGGGACCUCCCGCAGUGGAAGAAGGAGGUGGAAAGCCUGAAGUACCAGCUGGCCUACAAGCGGGAGAUGUCCUCUAAGACAAUACCCGAGUUUGUGAAGUGGAUCGAGGACGGCAUUCCAGAAGAUCCCUUCUUGAACCCGGAGCUGAUGAAAAACAACCCCUGGGUGGAGAAAGGCAAAUGCACCAUCCUCUGAGGGGUCUGGCCCCCCCAGCGCCAGCUCCUGCAGCCCCUCGCUCCCCCCCACUGAAUGUACACUUUUUUAUUAGCUAGCUUCCUAAUAUGACUACCUGAACAAAAACCUUACCCUCAUCUUGUCUUAUUAUUUUUAGAAGUGUUUCUUUUUUAAAGGGGG